AUCCGCCCCACUCCAUCCAUCCACUCUUGGCAUCGUCACCAUGAUGCAGCACAUACGUCCGAUACGAGCCAAGCCUGGACUGGUUAAUCGACGAGACAAACAGCAGCGGACUUUGAUCCUGUUCGAGCGGCUGUAUUAUCCGUUUUCCUCAGAUCCUGCUUGCAACAUUUGCAUAAGUGACCUGCCACGAUGUCCGUCGUAACAAAAGGCAUUUUUAUUGUCGCUGCAAAGCGCACCCCAUUUGGCACGAUGGGUGGCAUGUUCGUCAACAAGGGUGCCACUGAUCUGUCGGUCGUUGCAUCAACCGCUGCGAUGCAGGCGGCUGGUCUGAAGCCGGAGAAGAUUGAUAGUGUUGUAUUCGGACACGUUAUGACUGCAACAUCGUCCGAUGGAAUUUUUCUACCAAGGCACGUUCAAUUGAAGUCUGGAAUUCCAUUGGAAAAACCAGCCCUUGGUGUGAACAGAUUAUGCGGCUCUGGUUUCCAGGCGAUCGUCAGCGGAGCUCAGAAUAUUUUAACGGGUGAAGCAAAGAUUGUCCUAACGGGUGGCGCAGAAAACAUGAGCCAAGCUCCGUUUGUCGUGAGGAACGUUCGUUACGGAACCAUGCUGGGUCAGAAAUACGAAUUCGAGGACUCGCUUUGGGUUGGAUUACAAGACACUUAUUGCAAUUUACCUAUGGGUGUGACUGCGGAAAAGCUCGGUGCUCAAUACAAGUUGAAGAGGGAGGAGGUCGACCAGUUUGCGUUGACCAGUCAGCAGCGCUGGAAAGCCGCUAAUGAUGCGGGUCGUUUCAACGAGGAAAUGGCACCUGUGCAAGUCAAAGUUAAGAAACAGGAUACAGCCGUCAACGUGGACGAGCAUCCGCGCCCGCAAUCGACAAGGGAGACCUUGGCUAAACUGAAACCAGUUUUCCAGAAAGACGGAUUAGUCACAGCCGGUUCCGCAUCGGGCAUUUGUGACGGAGCGAGCGCCGUCAUUUUGGCCAGCGAGGAAGCCGUCAAGGCGGAAGGCCUCAAGCCGCUAGCGCGUUUGGUCGGAUACUCCGUCGUCGGCGUGGAGCCAAGCAUUAUGGGAAUUGGACCUGCGCCGGCUAUCAAGAACCUGCUCAAGCUCACGGGCAAGACGCUCGACGACAUGGAACUGGUCGAGAUCAACGAAGCGUUCGGAGCUCAAACCUUGGCCUGCGCAAAGGAACUUAAUCUAGAUAUGAACAAGUUGAACGUGGACGGUGGAGCUAUCGCCCUGGGGCAUCCGUUGGCCGCUUCUGGUAGCAGGAUCACUGCUCACUUGGUGCACGAACUCAGGAGACGAAAGGCUGGCAAGUUUGGCAUCGGUUCCGCGUGCAUCGGCGGCGGCCAGGGCAUUGCUGUGAUGGUGGAAGCGCUGUAGUUGACUGAUAAGACUGUGCCACUAAUCCUUUUCGAGAUAUUUAGCAUACGAGAUGCCGUGAAAAUAACAAACAUGUUUGAUCGUUGAGGAGACUUUUCAUACAUGAUGACGCGAUUGUAUGAACAGGUUUAAUUGUAAAAACUACUUUUUUGUACAAAGAUACAUAUUUUUAUACAAAUACGUUUAUUAUAUAUAAUACAUAUUAAUUAAUGUGA